UAAGUGUUGCAAACACAUUCAAUUGGUAUACGAUUGUUUAGUAAGAUUAAAAUAUAAAUUUAAUAUAUAGUAUACAUCAUGGAAAUCAACUCAGAUAUACCACAAAUUCCAAACUAUAAGUUAUCAGAAAAGCAAUUUCUUUUAACCACCAAUCUUGAUUCUCGCCACCGUCAGGAAAUCAUACAAGAAUUAAUUGAAUUAAUAAAGGAAGAUGAUGCAGCACCAUAUUAUAAAUAUUUAAGUACUGUCAUUCAUGAUUUUCCAUAUGAUGAAGAAUUAUAUAAAUCAUUGGCAUCUAAGAAUGAUGAAGAAAGUGGGAAACUAAAGCUGAAAUUAAAAGAAGCAGAAGGUGAUGAAGAAACUGAAGUGGAUAUAUUAGCAACUACUAUAAAGUUGGCAGAAUAUUAUACUAAAAUCAUUGAUAGAAAGAAUGCCACUGAAACAUUAAAGAAAUCUUUAGAGUUGACUCAAAGUACAGGAUCUAAAAUUGAUCUUUUGUUAACUUUAACUAGAAUUGAAUUUUUCUUUAAUGACUACCCAUUAGUAUCAAAAUACUUGGAUCAAAUCAAAAGUUUAAUAGACAAAGGUGGUGAUUGGGAACGUCGUAAUCGUUUUAAGACUUACAAUGGUAUCUAUUUAUUGGCUACUAGAAAUUUUAGUGAAGCAGCAAAAUUAUUAAUUGAUUCUUUAGCAACAUUCACAUCAUCUGAACUUUGUAGCUAUCAACAAGUAGCUCAAUAUGCUAUUGUAUCUGGUGUAUUAUCAUUGAAUAGAGUAGACUUGAAAGCUAAAAUUAUAGAUUCUCCUGAAAUAUUGUCUAUUUACUCAUCAGCUCCAACCUUGGAACCUUUACUUAAUUUGACAAAUUCAUUAUACACUUGUCUGUAUUCUUACUUCUUCCAAUUCCUUUUGGAAUCUUAUGAUAACUUAUUACUUCCAAACAAGUAUUUACAUCAACAUGCUAAUUAUAUCUUGAGAGAAAUGAGAUGUAAAGCCUAUGGUCAAUUAUUAGAAAGUUAUAAAUCAUUGUCUUUGAAGUCUAUGGCUCAAAACUUUAAUAUUAGUGAAGAAUUUUUAGAUCAAGACUUAUGCAAAUUUAUUCCUAACAAAAAAUUAAAUUGUACCAUUGAUAAAGUCAAUGGAAUAAUUGAAACCAAUAGACCUGACAAUAAGAAUAAUCAAUAUCACUUACUCAUUAAACAAGGUGAUAAUUUGCUUACUAAGUUACAAAAGUAUGGUGCUGCAGUUAAAUUAAGUGGUGCUGAAAGAGUUGCAUGAGUAGUUUGUAUAGAAUUAUAUAAGCAUAAUAAAAACAUUAAUGAAAUAAAUCAAUUAGUA